AUGGUCGAGACAACCACCCCACCAGCCUUCCAAGCUCCCGAAGGAGCCAAGCUCUUGGAGCACAUCGUAGUCCAGGAACCAGUCCAACAUGGCCAGCUUGCCGAUCAGAUGGCCAAGGAUGCCGAGCAAAUCGUUGUUGGCCCAACUGCAGCUGAGCUCGAAACCCAAGCAAUAUUACAGGAUCCAGCAUGGGCUCAGAUUCAAGCUCAAUGGCAAGCUCAGACUAGAAUCCAAGCUGCAGCUGAAGCCAGGGUUAUUCUAGAAGGACAAUAUGGGAUGGGACAGAUGCCUGCUGGUCCGGUUUCAAUGCAGGUCCAUGCCCUUGAAGCAGGGAAUAUACCUGUUCAGGGUUCAGUUCCAAUUCAGGCGCUUGCCACAGCUAUAGCUUCAAGCCAUAUUCAGGUUCCCGUCCUUCCAGCAGAAGUCAGGAUCAUGCCAGUUCUGGAUCUGCAAGCACCGAUUCAGGCUUAUCAGACUCUCCCAAUGGGACAUGGUCCACCUCCAAAAGUCGCUCACAACAAGAGAAGUGCUCCGGAAACUGCCAUCAAUGGAAAUUGGGCUCAAAUCAAAAGAUCCGGACCUCGAACCAAACCAGAACCCAAACCCACAACGCUCAGUACCCAUGAUCAAUUUCGAGCUCACUCCAACUACGCAAAUCUUCCACCUCAAAUCGUCCCACUCCCCGCCGAUCCGCAAUACCAAUCCCAAGCUCACGCUCAAGCUCAAGUUCACCUACAAGCUCAGGCCCAAGCUCACGCUCAAGCUCAAGUUCACCUACAAGCUCAGGCCCAAGCUCAUAUGCAAGCCCAGGAGGCCGCUCGACAGGCUCAAAUGACUCCGGACUCAUUGGAAAAGUUUCAACAGUUUGAGCAAUGGAAUGCGAAUAAAGCUGCCGAGCUGCAAAAGUUGCUGAUCCCAGGCGCCGAGGAUAUUCCAACGAUUUCGCAUAUGUUGAGACUCAAAGACGAGGCGAUCAACUGCAUCAUUCUUCAUUAUCGUGGUGGAAAGGGCAUGAAGGAUAAAGUUCCAUUAUUUUAUAGCUAUAACGAACGUCUCCGUCAAGAAUUUCCAGAGCCAAUGGCAAUUCCAACGUUCCCAACACUUGAUGAAAUCGUCAGGGACAUAGAACAACUGGAAUUGGGUCAUCCAUUAUUGACAAGACAUAUGAAAGCGGAAAGAGCGUAUCAUGAUUUGGAGAUGAUCAUCGGAGAGACGUACAACUACCUGUUGCUCCAUCAAGAACGCUUCAAACUACCUCCAAACGCAUUGUUCUUCCUAAAUAGAUUCUGCAUCGUCUACAACACCUUCGGCUACAACCUCAAAGACACCUACCAGACUACAAUCAUUGAGAGACUUGUAAGUGUCGUGGCCUAA